GCAGUAGUAUGAUUGAAAACCAAAUUUCUUCCAUUCCUCUCCCCCUAUCUGUGAAGUUGCCCUGCCCUUGAAUGUUCUGCUGAUCAAUAUUAAAACUCAUUAAGGAUAAUCCCUCUCAAUGCUUUGUGCAUUGAUAGUUAACAGGCAGAGUUAAAUCAGGAGUCCGGAAACCUCCAGUGUUUGAAGAGGUGACUAUUCUUCUAAGGAAUGGGUGACCCAGGGAGGACUCUACUCGGUGGUUUUGGCACAACCACCUCCUCCCUCGAGGUCGGGGGUCAAAUAGGUUGGCCAAGCAACAACCCACUAGACUUUAACCAAACCCUGCCAUGGGGAAUAGGAGGCAUUGGCGGUGCCAAUGCAGCAGCAAUGAGUUUGGAUUUUGGUUUGGACAAUACAACAACUCAGGAGUCGGUCACCACAACCAUGAUCAAAAAGAAAAACUGGCCAGCUCUGCUGAUCCUGGUUAUCAUCGCACUGACGAUUGGGGGAAACAUUCUGGUCAUUCUGGCUGUGUCUCUGGAGAAGAAGCUUCAAAAUGCCACCAACUUCUUUCUGAGAUCACUGGCUGUAGCAGACAUGCUUGUAGGCAUCCUGGUCAUGCCUAUAUCCCUCAUCAACAUCCUCUAUGACUAUGCCUGGCCUCUACCGAGUGCCCUCUGCCCAAUCUGGAUCUACCUGGAUGUACUGUUCUCCACGGCCUCCAUCAUGCACCUCUGUGCUAUCUCCCUGGAUCGAUACGUCGCCAUCCGUAACCCCAUUGAGCACAGCCGCUUCAACUCGAGAACCAAAGCCAUGAUGAAGAUCGCUGCGGUCUGGACCAUAUCAAUAGGCGUUUCAAUGCCCAUUCCAGUGAUUGGUCUUCAUAAUGAGGACAAGGUCUUUGUCAAUGGCAGCUGCGUCCUCAACGAAGAGCGCUUCAUGCUGAUUGGUUCUUUUGUGGCCUUCUUCAUCCCACUGGUCAUCAUGGUGGUGACUUACUGCCUCACCAUACAGGUGCUCCAGAGGCAGGCUACUGUCUUCCUGUAUGAAGCAAAGUCUUCUUCUCAGCAGCCUUUGAGCACACCAGCAAUCACUCUGCAGCCUCCAGCCAGCCCUUUCCACCUUCCGCAGAACAAUGCUCUUGCUCCUCCAGAUUCACAAGAUCUAAAGCCCCCGGCGCUCCAAAGCAGACGAAACACCCUGAGCUGCCUGAAAAGCCCAGAGCCCAGCAUCCUGCUCAGCGCCUCCACCUCAGAUAGCCUCAGCAUCAUUCCUAGCUCCGAGGCCGCAUCGCAGCUCAGCUCUCCAGCAGCCGGGCCAGGCCGAAGUGAUGCAUCAGGUUGCCAUGGGAGACGAGGGAUGAUGCAAGCUAUAAAAAAUGAGAGGCGGGCCUCAAAGGUCUUGGGAAUUGUCUUCUUCCUCUUCCUUGUCAUGUGGUGUCCAUUCUUCAUCACCAACGUCACCUUUGUCCUGUGCAGUGGCUCUUGCAAUGAGUCUCUGCUUCAUGAUCUGCUAAAUGUUUUCGUCUGGGUGGGUUACAUCUCCUCCGGGGUCAACCCCCUGGUCUACACGCUCUUUAAUAAGACCUACAGGAGGGCUUUCUCCAACUAUAUAAGAUGCCAGUACAAUGUUGGGGCCAAUGCAGCAGGACAAGGCAGUAAAACCCUCCUCGCAUCCCAGCAGUGCCCGUCGCAUGCCGUUACCCCUCUGCUGCCAAGCAGCCACGAUAAAGCGGGGGUGGACCGCAACAGUAACUGUCGUAACGGCAGCAGGGGAGAUAAUGGGAGGCUGACGGUGGACCCGGAGGACACAACAGAUGAUGGGACGCAAAUCGGAUUAGUGUCACAGAGCCUGUCUGAAUGCCACAACGCCGGGAUGCUUUCGGAGACAGAGCCAGAAACGGAGAUGGAGCAGGAGCUGUCGCUCAUCAGCUACCCUCCCCCCAGAGAACACACGAGCAGUGUGUGACUGCAUGCUCACUCUUGUUCUGUCUUCGUUUGAACACAGCUGAGCCUUUUCACCUGAGAACUAUUGCUAAGGCAGGCACUCUGGUGCACUACUUGUAUCCAGAAAGAAGAGGGUGGAAAUGUGUUGAAGAAAAACCGACAUUCCAAAUAUGUUCGCUGUCAGCUUUGUCAAAUUGUUAGGUUCAUACCAUAAACCCACCCUCAGGUUUCAACCUGGAUGUUGAUGUGCUCAUCAACCAAACCAUGUGUUGCAGUUUAUGCCUAAGGCAGGGAGAAACUGAAGUAGUGACUCCUGGUCACCUGGUGUGAAGUCAAGCAGCCUCUUGUGGAGUCCCACUGAUGCAGGUUACAGAGCCAGGCAUCAUACGCAAUCCCUCUGGAGUCAAACCACGACUUCAAGCCCUCACUGAGAGAGAAAAUGCAGUCCGAGCUCGACCAAGAGCAAACUCAACCAAACACUUGUCUGAAACAGUCAAGCUUGACUGACUGAACCUUUUCACACUGUUUAGCUGACUGAAAAGGAAGAUUUCUGCAAAGAAGACUUUCCUAAGACUGCAGUGAAAGUUUCCCUGGGAGGACAGAGAUGAAGGAAUGUACAAUCACCUCCAGGUUUGGUGGACUCACAGUGCCACCCAGUGGCCAUGGAAAUAUCUUGGGCUGACCAAAGUAGAUAAAAGAGCUAAAAAAAAAAAAAAGGAAAGUAAAAAAAAUAAAAUAAAAUAAGACAGUCCUUUCACCUGUAGUCUGCUGUCAAAUACAACCACUUUGGAGACACAUGGCUUCCAAAUGUUUUUACUGAAAUCCAUCAAUAAAAUAUAAAAGAAAAAAA